UUAACCAUAUCGCUGAUGAUUCUCCUGUUCUAAAAAGUAACAUAAUCUCAAUAUUUUAGAGGAAAUCUUUCAUAAAGUAAAUUAAAUAAUACGAAUAGAGCAUUUAGUCAGAACUAUUAAUUUGCUUAAAGUUCUAAUAAAGAAUUCAGGUACAAAUUAUAAUAUAUAGCUAAUUAGAAUCUCUCAGCUUUUCUCCAUAUUCAAAAAAUUAUGAAAAGAACUAAUUAUGCAAAUGAUUAUUUAACAAUGAAUAAGAUCCCCCUUUUCGAAUGCAAUAAAUGA